AUGUCUUCCUCCUCAACCUACGUAGUAGACUACUCCCCCGAAGAGAUCGAGAAAGCCCACGCGGUCCUAUACAAUGAAGGCCUCCGCAUGCGCAUCCAAGUCGCUGGGAAAGAGUAUGUCGAAAAGUCGCUCAAUGCCGCCAAAGACCCCUUCUCCAAGCCAAUGCAGGAAUUCGUAGCAGAAGCCUGCUGGGGCUGGGUCUGGUCUCGCCCGGGCCUGGAGCUGAAGACGCGGUCCUUCCUCAACAUCGUCAUGCUCUGCUGCCAGAACCGCUCGACCGAGCUGGCGACGCACGUGCGCGGGGCACUGAAUAAUGGCGCCACAGAAGAGGAGAUCCGGGAGGUCAUCCUGCAGGCGACGGCGUAUUGUGGAAUGCCGGCUGGCAUCGAAGGGUUCAGAGUUGCUGGCAAGGCGAUUGAAGGUUGGAAGGCAGAGCAGAAGUCGAAGGGAGAGCAUAUGGAUCGGAGUGAUGAUGUUGGGGUGGAACAGAGGAUGAACACUGACGAUGUUUGA